UGGGUAGUUUGUCUGUCUGUCCGUCUGUCUUCCUUUCGUCCAUCCGCGAAAGAGAUUCUCACUACGGUACAAACACGCGCCGACGUUCUACUCGCGCGCAUCGUAUUGCCGAGGAGCUUCAAUCAUUACUAUAUCGGAAGCGAAUUAAUCGAUCAAUACCAAUAUAUCAAACUUUGAAUUUCCAUUUGCACAAAUUUCACUCUCCCAAAGUGCGCUUUGAGCAAUUAUAUUUCUCUAUUUCGUCGGGUCUUGGAAGAUGAAUCUGCUGCUCACCUUGUAUUUGUAUGCGUAAAUGAGUAAAAUAAUAGUAAAAUGACAACGAACGGAAAAGAAAAUCAGAAUUAACAAACCAGAAACAAGUCGCACUUUGUUAUAUACAUUUGUUUGCUUCUCGGGUUCUAAAUAGUUUCAAGAAAAGAUACCUACUUGGAUUUCCAUCAUUUUCUGGUUUGGGUUCGUCCUGAUCUGGUGACUGGAAAAAGAGAAAAAUUACGGAGUAAUCUGCAAUCCGAUGGCGUCCCGAUGACGCGUCAUUUGAUGCGGACUUGCAUUUCGCGGUGGGGCGGCUGGUGGGUAGCAGUCUUGCUUUCACUUCCGUUUCUGCAAUCGCGUACUCGCGGAGACUCGCAGAAUGGCUCAGGGUCCCCACAUGACCACGGCUUGCGGCCCGCCGAGUCUUGGUUGUCGGUGCUGCUCCCCGAGUCGACGGAUAACGCGCUGGACCCGCCGCCCGAAGAGCGCGAGGAAACGCGGCUUCUCGCCCUGCUAGGAGCAGAUUAUGAUGCGGAAUUCAUGUCAAACUCGCGACCGAAUGCGACGGCGCGUCUCUCCUGGGAAUUUCCAUUCCGCGCUGAUCAUCGGGGACGUCUCGUUCCGACGGGAGAUAUGCCAGAAGCCUUGCAAGCUCUGCACUUGGGGAGACAAUUUUUUCUUAGCUACGUGAGAUUGCCCGAUGGGUCUCGACUGAGGACUCGCGUUUCUGAAAAGCUGAAGAGGAAGCUGAGGCGGUUGCUGUGGGCAUAUACGUCUUGUCCGGUCCAAUGGAGGUGGAAAGAUCUUGGAAUAAGAUUUUGGCCUCGCUGGUUGAAACAGGGAAGAUGCUCGCAGGGGAAGGGAAUUUCUUGCAGCGUUCCUCCUGGCAUGAAAUGCCGCCCUUCCAAUACGAAUUACAAAAAGUUCCUUAGGUGGCACUGUCUACGGGAAGGCGAAUGCAAGUGGCGGCCUGUUGAGUAUCCAGUCAUCACGCAGUGUGCCUGUUCCUGUUCUCACGUGAUUCAUUUCAAGAGCGCUGAUACAACUCAGGUGUAAUUAUUGCCAACUGAGCCAAGACUAGAUACUGGAUAGAAAUGACGUAAGUCAGUCCGAAUUUGAUGAGGAUUUGAGUAGAAUUUUAUGAGCCGAUAAAGUCAUAAGGAAAGAUUCACGCCAUGCUCUGUUAUGUUUUUUUUCUCAAUAUUGGUCGGUAAGAAACGGAGUUUAAUUUGAAUUCAUUUUAACAUUCAAGCUGUGUAAGUAAGUUUAAGGCAUUCUAACAAAGUUGGUUUUUAUUUUUAUACAUUAUAAAUAUUCGUCAGUCGUUUGGGGGCUCAAACUUCAUGAAUUUUAUACUUACCAUCCUUUGUGAUGUUUUGGUAAGCUCAGAUCUUAUAGUAAAGUAGAGAGAGGUAGAGACUGGAAUGA